AUGAUUGAAAAUAAUGUAUAUGGUAUAGACGAAGAUGAUAAUCUAAAUUCUUCACCUACUAGUAGCAGCAGCAGUAAUAAUAAUAAUGGAAGUAGUAGUAGAAAGAAUCACAUUCCCGAUAGAUAUUUAAAUGAUAGUCAGAUGUUAAUGUCGUCUAUCGAUGGUUUGGUUAAAGAUAAAAAGUUGACGGAAGCUGAAAAUAACGAUGGCUACGAUGAGGAUGUAAUGGCCGACGACGCCGAUGCUCAUCAAGAGGAAAGCAAAAAGUUUUAUAGACCUCCACUACCAAGUUUUCUAGACAACAACGAUGACCUCAUGAGAAAGAUCACUUUGGUGCUGGGUGUCCUAACAAUGUUAGUCUCUGGUACACUCUAUGGUUUCGCAGUGAUUUCAGUAGAUGUCAAAGAAAUAUUGGAUUUCGAUCAAACUGAAAUUAGUAAUGCAAUUUCAAUUGGUGAUGUUGGAAUUUAUUAA